CCAAGUCUGAAGUCUGUCUGAUCACCGGCCAUACUCGGUCAUUAUCGAGUUCCUGCGCUUGAUUCCCUCCUCUUUGGACGGGUCUCGUUUUGGCCGAUACGCCGGAUUUCGCCGCCAAGAUCGCUGCCUUCACCAGACAGAGACAAUGCGGUCGCGGCAGUGAGCUGCAGUGGAGACAAUGCCGCCAUCUCCAAAGCUUUUCCGGAGGCUAUCUUCUUCUGAUAUUUUGAUGGUCUUUUUGGCAGAAGUAGUUGGGCGGUCUUUCAGGGUUGAGUUCUUGCUCUAGCUAUAGGUUCCCAGCUUAAAUUUGACAUAUUUUGAGAGCUGAAGCAGCCAAUUGCUGACUUGUUGGUUACGCGCACAGACAAGAAAAGCGGGACCAGACUGGACAGGAUCAAUUUAAAACUAUCAGUUUAUCAAGCCAUCACAAGAUUGAAGAUGAAGAGCUUAUCGUCUCUUGAUUUGGAUGGUAAAGCUGUAAAGAAGUUUUGGCUUGAGACUCUUGUAUUAUUCACUGACGCUGCUGAGGCAUGUUUACUAUCUUGCUUGAGAAAAUUGAGUCUCUGCGAAGGUCUAUUCUGUGCUUUGCUUACUGGGAUGACUCAAAUUGCUGUCACCAAGGGUGGACAGCCGCUAUGAGUUUUGCUCGUUCGCCUCAAGCUCCUUGUACCGACUGCAUGUGCUCAGGCUGAUGCAUGAGCCAGUAGCCAUGGUUGAGAGUGUAAUGAAGGCAAGCUGUGAAGUGAUUGAAUAUGGCUGGAACAAGGACCGGGCUCCUAUAAACUGUUUUUAUCAUGGGAUUAGCAGCAAGUGUCCGGGAUAGGAAUGAUUACGAUGAACAGGGUGGAAAGGAGAAGCAGGCGGUUCCUGUUGUGCAACUUAACCUAAUAUGCACAGUAGUAGAUUUGAGUGUUGCAAUUAGGAAGUCUGAAGUUGUGGAUAUGAUACUGCCACUUUUUAUUGAAAGUUUAGAAGAGGGCAAUGCUUCAACUGCUGGUUUACUGCAGAUUCGUCUGCUUGAUGCUGUGUCUCAUAUAGCAAGUAUAGACUUUGAGAAGUCAUUUUGCGAGACCGUGGUUUUGAUGACAAGAAGCUACUUGGGCUGGCUUUCAAGUUUAGGGUCUGCUGGAAGCGAAACAUUGGCCUGGGAAGCCACAACGGAACGUGUUGACGUAGUUAGCUCUGUGACAUGGCUUGAAGAUGAAUUGGAAUUUAAUGCUCUCCACAACCCUGGUAGUCGUAGAGAGAGUGGCAACGUGAAAGCUGCUGUAACCCACAGCGCUGCUCUUUCUGCUGCUUUGGGAGGGCAAGUAGAUGUUGGAGGAAUGAGCACAAUUUCAGGUGUAAUAGCCACAUAUCUUCUUGCAGUAGCGUUUUUAGAAAUUAUACGAUUUAGUAGCAAUGGUGGCAUCCUCAAUGGAAGCAAAACCUUGACCUCUAAUAGAAAUGCAUUCCGUUUUGUCUGUGCAUACCCGAAAAUGCCCAAUCAUAUGCCCGCAGUCUCCCAGUGUCUGAUAACAAUUGGCCAUUGAGCAUUUGAAACUGUAGUGUCAUGGCUGGUAUAUAUUUUUUUUGGAAUUGAGACUGCCUUCUAAAUAAUUUACCUAUGCGAUUUAAUCGUACGAGUAUAUCUUGGUGCUGCUCUUCAAUAGAUUGUUCCAUUUUGUUUAUGCUA